AUUUAUUAUUCUAUAUUUCAUUACUGAUUUGACUUUUCUAUUAAACAUACGUGUUGGCUGGAGCUGUCAAGCGAUUAUAAUUUAAAAUUUGCCCUGCAGUUAAAGAUUUGUUGUGAGUUGUACUAGAGACAAGUGAACUGUGAAGAAAAUGGAGAUUGCAAAUCCGAAGAUAGUAGUCGUUGGAUCUUGCAGUGUUGAUUUUACUACAUAUGCACCUAGACUUCCAUUGCCUGGAGAAACUUUACAUGGAACAAAAUUUACGACUAGCUUUGGUGGCAAAGGGGCAAAUCAAUGUGUUGCAGCUGCCAAACUAGGCGGAAACGCAUACAUGAUAGCUAGGGUUGGUGACGACUACUGGGGAAAACAAUAUAUUGAUAAUUUAACGAAAUUCGGCAUUAAUGCACAACAUACAAAGAUUACAAAAGAUAUUACUACUGGAAUCGCUCAAAUUUCUGUAUCAGCUAAUGGAGAAAAUCAAAUUGUUAUUGUGUCAGGUGCUAAUAACUACCUUAGUGUCUUCGAUAUAAAGGAAACCCAAGAACUCAUAAAGAAUGCUGAUAUUAUAAUAAGUCAAUUGGAGACACCUAUCGAAACAACGUACCAUGCCUUCAAAUCAUGUAACGGAAUACGACUUCUUAAUGCAGCACCGGCCAGUACAAAUAUUAAAGAACUUUUAGAGCAUUGUGACAUACUAUGUGUAAAUGAACCAGAGGCAUCUUUACUAGUCGGCUUUAAUGUGGAUGUAUCCAAUAUCAAAAAUGCACUAAGGAAGCUUUUAGCGUUAGGCUGUCAAACAGCCAUCAUCACACUAGGUAAUAAGGGAGCUGCAUAUUGUACGAAAGACGAUGAUCUUUAUGUUCAUGUACAGUGUACAAGAGUUGUCCCAGUCGAUACGACAGGAGCUGGAGAUGCAUUUGUAGGGGCGUUAGCAAAAUUUCUAGUUAGCCAUAAGAAAACUCCUUUACAUCAAAUUGUGGGAGCCGCCUGUGACGUAGCUACAAAAUCAGUUAUGACAGAAGGAACACAGCCAAGUUUUCCCGACAACUAUAACCCUUUUCAAGUUCUUUAUGAAUACGUUAUUUUAUAAUUCCAAAUUUAUAAAUAUAUUUUCAUUGUUGUGUACUUAUUUUACGAAAAUGCGUCCAGUGCACAAAUAAAAAUCACCAUAAUGCCA